AUGAAGUAUUUGCGGUUGCCGAGGUUGACCAAGAUGGCGGUCUUCUUGCUCUUGGUCGUCGACCUGGCCAUCGUGGGAGUGCUUCUCUAUACGCUUGAGCCUCUCAUUACUCUAUUGCGCAGGAACGAAGAACUGUUUACGCCUACAGUCACACUGCCUCUCAACGGCACCGCGGGCGCGUCGUACUACUCAGGCGAUCUAGACCGACAAAAGAUUCCACGCAUUCUGCACCAGACUACCGCCAACAGCACGAUUCCUGAUAAAUGGGUUAAAUCGCAGCAGAGCUGCAAAGAAACCUAUUCUGACUUUGAGUACAAGCUGUGGACUGAUGAGUCGGCUCGCGACUUCAUCUCUGCCGAAUAUCCUUGGUUCGUGGAGAAUUGGGAUGGCUAUGCAUUCCCUAUCCAGCGCGCCGAUGCCAUCCGCUACUUCGUUCUCCACCACUAUGGAGGCAUCUACCUCGACAUGGAUACUUUCUGUAACGAGCCCAUCCCUCUUGAGCAGCUCGAAGCUGGCCCGUCGCCUCAUUAUGCUCUCUUCAAGUCAACGCUGCCAACUGGCGUGACAAACGAUUUUAUGAUCUCGACCGCGCGACAUCCCGCUUACGCAGCCGCGGUCUCCAAGCUGCCAUUAUUUUACGACAUCACUCGAUUUUGGGCUGAGCUACAGCCUUACGCCAACAUCAUGAUGUCUUCUGGCCCGCUGUUCCUCAGCCUCGUGGUUAAAGACUACCUGCUUGGACAGCCCUCUUUGCCUUCGCCGACGGUAGAGGUCAUCCAUCCUACUGAAUUGACUUCAUACAUUACCGAUCUCGAGAGCGCUACUUGGCACAAGGCAGACGCUCAUGCCCUGAUGUGGCUGGGGACUCGGCCAUGGACUUGGUUCUUGGCAGGAGCGGUAGCGCUAGUCGCCAUUCUAUACUUGAUUAACUAUUUGCUGCUGUUAACCUGUGAAGUUUUCCUUCGCAAGGUUCCCUCCAUCACGUAUGCCAUCAAAGAGAGCAAGUUAGCAUGA